UAAAUGAAUUCUUCACAAAGCUCAUUUACUGAUCUCAACGAUUGGGCUUUAGUUUACUAAAAUCUCCAAACCAUUGAACCAGAUUAUUUAUCUUCAAAGCUUAAAUUGCAUUUCAAGACUCUACCCAAUUUUGAUGAGUUUAUAAAACUUUAUGAGUCAUCAAAAAUUGGAUGUGAUGAAGUUUGGAAUCAAAAUGAAGAGAUUUUCUUAUAACUCCUCGUCUUGAGUCUAAAUCCUAGAUGCAUAAAGGUAAAUUAUUUUGUUUUAAUAAUUUAAAGAAUCGAUUUGAUUGGGAGAAGGUCCAAAAGUUAAUGCCAAAGUUUAGGAGUCUAUCAGAAUUGUGCUUUAAAUUCUAAUCUUUCUAUAAAGCACAACUUCCAAGAUAACCCUGGUCUUCUUUUGAAGAUAAAACUUUGUUGUAAAUCAUUUUGUAUUUAUCUUUAUCUAUAAUAUAGGGAUAACAACAGUCGUUGUAAGAAAAAAUGGAGCUCUAUUGCAAAUUAAUACAAUCUAAUCUGUAAAUCUGAAAUUCUUAGAAAUGCNCAUUAAUAAGGAAAAGAUUAUUGA